UAUCUGAGUGAGUCUGAGGGUGUGUGUGUCAGUCUCUCUCUUUUUUUUUCUUUUCCAUUUAACAUGUUAAGUCAGAUCAGGAAGUAUGAUGCUGUGACAGUCGAGAAGGAAGCGGGCACACAAUGGCAUUAUGUCUGCCUCCUGGUCUGGUAGCAUGAGAGGCCCCCGGGUAAAGACCCCUUUUCUUCUUCUUCUUCUGCUUCUACUGAGCGCUCUGACUGGGACAGAUGAGAUAGCAGGUCCAGUAGAAGAUGCACCUUCAGCUGAAACAGAAAGCGGUGAUGAAGAGACCACAGAGUCAUCUCCUGAUCUGGAUGCCACCCCAACAACGCCCUCGACAGAUGUGAGCGAUCUAGCUGAGCUUGAAUCCAACACCACUAUUGAUGCAGGCUCUGGGUAUGCACCAGAUAACACCACUGAGCCGUCGUUAGGAGAAGACGGUUUGAGUUACAUGAUAAUCCUGAUCCCUGUGGUGCUGGUGGUUAUAAUCAUCGGCAUGAUAGUUUGCGGUAUUUUCAUCAACCGCAGGUGGAACAAAAAAGCAAGUAAUCAAGAGCUUGGAAAGGAAGAUCCAUAUUUGGAAGGGUCCAGUACAGAGAAGGUGCCAAUGCCCAUGUUUGAAGAAGACGUGCCCUCUGUACUGGAGCUAGAAAUGGAAGAGUUGGACCAAUGGAUGAAAAAUGAUGAGGACUCGAAACAUGCAUAAAUCUAUUUAUGGUUAACAAAGGACGCUCUCCCGCUAUGCAAGGACACAUAGUCAACAAUGCAUUGUUGCCACCUUUCUACAAUAACCCAGUGACAUUUGUGACCACAGGAAGUCAUUUUACUGCCGAUAUCACUCCACUUAAAGGACACUUACGAACAUUAUUUUUCACUUUUACAGUCAAAUAAUAAUUUGAAACAAUCUGCAACAGUUGGACUUGUUAAACAGUGGCUCUUUUGUUCUGAAAUGAUCAGUGUGCAGCUUGCUUUGAUUGUAUUGUUAAACUGUCAAGCAGUCGUCAGUUAUUCCAGGUAAAUGCACAGUAUUUUCUGUCUCAAAUAAGUGAUAAGUAUUCAUUUUAAACCUUUAAAACCACUGUGCUGCAGAUACCAAAUGUUCCCUUGUCUGCAGAUUCAUGCAGUUAAUGAGUAUGUGGUCAUCUUAAAGCAUGUUAGGCCUCAUAGUUAUGACUGCUUGUAGUUCCUGCUGAUGGCUUCUCUUCAGCUCAAAGCCUCUUUGUUGAAUUACACUAUGUGACUCCCUUCAGCUGCAGGUUUUAAUGGGGAAAUAUCCUGUUCCAGAUUGUUGGCAUGCAUAACAGAGAAGGCCACUCCUUUCUAUGCCUUUCUAUGCAGAGCUGGUUAGAGUUCACUGAGAAAGAAAUUCGUACGUGUGAAAUCAGCCGGAUUCUAGCCUUUUUCAGUCGUUUGAUGAAUUAUUACCUGUUUCCGAAAAAGCUUUCUAAAAGCUGCUACUGAUAAGAUUUUCAUCGCACCAGAGUUAUUGACUCUCUGACUGAAUACUUUAUGUCUACAGAUGCCGUUCAGAUGUUUUGUUUCCAGUUUUGGCUUUAAAAUGUUGAAUAUAAGCAGUCAUGACACUGAUCUAAAUGUGAGUGCAACUUUCUAAAUGUGGCAGUCAGUCAGUAUUUUGCAGUAUCUUGCACUGUAAGUAUACCAAAAUAUGUUAUUUUCAAGGAAUGCCUUUUGUAAAUAUUUCAUAGGCUGUAAUAUUGUUGUUUUUCUGAAGAAGCUUUAAAUGAAAAUUCAAGAAAUAAAAUCUCUUGAUAAUAUUA